AUGGGGGAUAAACCUGAAGUUUUGGAGGCUGUACUGAAGGAAACUGUUGAUUUGGAGAACAUUCCCAUUGAGGAAGUGUUUGAGAAUCUGAGAUGUACCAGAGAGGGUCUUUCAACUCAGGCUGCUCAAGAAAGAUUAACCAUUUUUGGGCACAACAAACUUGAGGAAAAGAAGGAGAGCAAAUUCUUGAAGUUUUUGGGGUUUAUGUGGAACCCUCUCUCAUGGGUUAUGGAAGCUGCUGCUAUCAUGGCAAUUGCCCUCGCAAAUGGAGGAGGAAAGCCUCCGGACUGGCAAGACUUUGUGGGUAUUAUUACUCUGCUCGUGAUAAAUUCUACAAUUAGUUUUAUUGAGGAGAACAAUGCAGGCAAUGCAGCAGCAGCUCUCAUGGCUCGUCUUGCUCCGAAAGCUAAGGUUCUUAGAGAUGGAAGGUGGAGUGAGGAGGAUGCUGCAAUUUUAGUCCCCGGUGAUGUAAUCAGUAUUAAACUUGGAGAUAUAAUCCCUGCUGAUGCUCGCUUGCUUGAGGGUGAUCCUUUGAAAAUUGAUCAGUCUGCUUUGACUGGGGAGUCCCUUCCUGUAACAAAGGGACCAGGGGACGGUGUUUACUCAGGUUCUACCUGCAAACAGGGAGAGAUUGAAGCUGUUGUCAUUGCUACCGGGGUUCACACAUUUUUUGGAAAGGCUGCUCAUCUUGUUGAUAGUACAAACCAAGUUGGGCACUUUCAAAAGGUCUUGACUGCGAUUGGGAACUUUUGUAUUUGCUCUAUUGCGGUGGGAAUGAUUAUAGAGAUUGUUGUGAUGUACCCCAUUCAACAUCGGAUGUAUCGCCCUGGGAUUGACAAUCUUCUUGUGCUCCUUAUUGGAGGAAUACCAAUUGCCAUGCCAACUGUUCUAUCUGUCACAAUGGCCAUUGGUGCUCAUCGUUUGGCUCAACAGGGAGCUAUUACAAAGAGAAUGACAGCUAUAGAAGAGAUGGCGGGCAUGGACGUGCUUUGCAGUGAUAAGACGGGAACUUUGACUCUGAAUAAGCUCACUGUUGAUAAGAAUCUUAUAGAGGUUUUUGCUAAAGGUGUUGACGCAGAUACUGUUGUUCUGAUGGCAGCCCGAGCCUCUCGAACAGAAAACCAGGAUGCAAUAGACGCUGCUAUAGUUGGGAUGCUGGCUGAUCCGAAGGAGGCACGUGCUGGCAUUCAAGAACUCCACUUCCUUCCUUUUAAUCCUACUGACAAGCGAACAGCAUUGACCUAUUUAGAUAAAGAUGGGAAAAUGCACAGGGUCAGCAAAGGUGCACCCGAGCAGAUUCUAAAUCUUGCGCAUAAUAAAUCUGAAAUAGAGCGAAGGGUACAUGCUGUGAUUGAUAAAUUUGCAGAAAGAGGGUUGAGGUCACUUGCCGUGGCAUACCAGGAAGUUCCGGAGGGAAGAAAAGAGAGUCCUGGAGGGCCAUGGCAAUUUAUUGGUCUCAUGCCUCUCUUUGAUCCACCCAGACAUGACAGUGCAGAAACUAUAAGAAGAGCUUUAAAUCUUGGAGUGAAUGUCAAAAUGAUCACUGGAGAUCAGCUUGCAAUAGGAAAAGAAACUGGACGAAGGGUAGGAAUGGGAACAAACAUGUAUCCUUCAUCUGCUUUGCUGGGACAGAACAAAGAUGAAUCAAUUGCUGCUUUGCCAGUCGAUGAACUCAUAGAGAAAGCUGAUGGUUUUGCGGGUGUUUUCCCUGAGCACAAGUAUGAAAUAGUAAAGCGUUUGCAAGCCAGGAAACAUAUCUGUGGAAUGACUGGCGAUGGAGUAAAUGAUGCUCCUGCUCUGAAAAAGGCUGAUAUUGGGAUUGCUGUUGCUGAUGCUACUGAUGCAGCUCGUAGUGCUUCUGACAUUGUCCUCACGGAACCUGGUCUCAGUGUUAUAAUUAGUGCUGUUUUAACCAGUCGGGCAAUCUUCCAGAGGAUGAAAAAUUACACGAUUUAUGCCGUUUCUAUCACAAUUCGUAUUGUGUUCGGUUUCAUGCUGUUAGCCUUGAUAUGGCAAUUUGACUUUCCGCCUUUUAUGGUGCUUAUCAUUGCAAUCCUCAACGAUGGUACCAUUAUGACCAUAUCAAAGGAUAGAGUGAAACCAUCUCCUCUGCCAGACAGCUGGAAGCUUGCUGAGAUUUUCGCAACAGGAAUUAUUCUUGGUGGAUACUUGGCAAUGAUGACAGUCAUAUUUUUUUGGGCAGCAUAUAAAACAAAUUUCUUUCCACGAGUAUUUGGAGUGUCGACUCUUGAGAAAACUGCUCAUGACGACUUCCGAAAGCUUGCUUCGGCAAUAUAUCUUCAAGUGAGCACCAUCAGUCAGGCACUGAUAUUUGUUACCAGAUCUAGAAGUUGGUCAUUUGUUGAGCGACCUGGUUGGUUGCUUGUAGUGGCAUUUGUGAUUGCUCAACUGGUUGCAACUUUGAUUGCGGUUUAUGCGAAUUGGAGCUUUGCGGCAAUUGAAGGAAUUGGUUGGGGAUGGGCUGGAGUGAUCUGGCUCUAUAAUAUUAUUUUCUAUAUCCCGCUCGACUUUAUAAAGUUUUUCACCCGUUAUGCUCUUAGUGGAAGGGCCUGGGAUCUUGUUCUGGAGCAAAGGAUAGCUUUCACCAGGAAGAAAGAUUUUGGAAAAGAACAGCGCGAGCUUAAGUGGGCACACGCACAAAGAACCCUUCAUGGGCUGCAAGUACCUGAUACCAAAUUGUUCAACGAAACCAACAAUUUCUCCGAGCUCAAUCAGUUGGCCGAAGAAGCCAAAAAGAGAGCUGAGAUUGCAAGGUUACGAGAGUUGCACACACUUAAAGGUCAUGUUGAAUCAGUUGUGCGACUUAAGGGUCUUGAUAUAGACACGAUUCAGCAAUCAUACACAGUAUGA